GCAGCAGCAGUAGAGAAUUCUCUUCCGCCUCUUCUCUCUCCUUGCCCUCUGUCACCCGUGGAGAACCGCCAGGCCACUACCUUUCUCUUCUCAACGACAUCCUUUCCAUUCAGAUUUUGGUAGUUGAUCGUAAAAUCUAAAAUUUGUCGGAAUGGCUCUCAACAAGAUGGUUUUGGGCAGGAGCACAGAGGCCACGGCUCCCGAUGCCUUGAGGGCUGUUUUUGCAGAAUUCAUCGCGACGUUCCUCUUUGUUUUCAUCGGUGUCGGCUCAUGCAUCGCUCAUUCUAAGCUAAGCGAUGGACCGCUCGAAGCUGCUGGCUUGGUCUGCAUCGCUAUCGCCCACGGCUUAGCUAUUGCCGUCACGGUGGCUGCCACUGCCAACAUCUCAGGAGGACAUGUGAAUCCUGCUGUUACCUUCGGUCUUGCAGUCGGCGGUUACAUCACCAUCGUCCGUGCUGCUUUCUACUGGAUUGCUCAGCUUCUCGGCGCCACUCUCGCUGCUUACCUUCUCAAGGCUAUCAUUCUCACCACUGGACUGAGCAUGCCGAUUCACGGUUUGGGAGCCGGCGUUAGCGUCACAGGAGGACUUAUUCUUGAGACUGUGCUCACCUUCGUGUUGGUCUUCGUCGUCUACGCCACCGCUGUGGACGGUAAGAGGGGACAGAUCGGAAUCAUUGCACCGCUGGCCAUCGGAUUCACAGUGUUGGCCGACCACUUCAUCGGUGUGCCAUUCACCGGAGCAUCCAUGAACCCAGCUCGAUCUUUUGGACCUGCAUUCGCCACCAUGGACUUCCACAACCACUGGAUCUACUGGGUCGGUCCUCUGCUCGGAGGAGGUAUCGCUGGUAUCAUCUACGACGGAGUGUUCAUGACUGCCGAGUCUGACAUCACUACGGAGAACGAGUAUUAGGCGGCUGUGGCUCUCGAAAUCACCAAACUGUCGACGUCACCAAGUUCAUUAGAUCUGGCUCUGGCUGUGCAUUCAUUUUGUUUUGUCACUACAGCUUGUGACAAGUCACGAAAGAGUUGUCACUGGAAAGCUGAUUCUUCGUAGGGAUAGGCAGACAUGAGUACUUUGCUUGGUUGUAUAGACAUGUGAAUAGACUGUAGAGGUAUUAUUCGCAGUAAGACACAUCUAGAGACAAAGAAAUCACAUUGUGAGUUCUUUGGAUCUCUUGACGAUGAUAUUUUAAUUUGAUCUGCUCACCUCUUGUGCACUUGUUGUUCUCCAAAGGACUUAUGCAUGUAUGCAAACAAUUUUUCUCCCGAGCUUUCCUCACCACUUGUGGGGUUCAUUGAAUAAAUAUUUGCAUCACUUCCUUCCUCGU